CCCCAGCCGCCGGGCGUCGCCACCGUCAUCCUCUUUAAUGUUGUAUCUUCCUUGAAUAGAAUACUUGGUGACAGUUACAGUACUGUGACUGUCACUGCGGUAGUGUAGAAUCGUGGAAUUUCAACUUGAUGGAAGGAAUUUAUGAAGAAAUUGAGGCGAUUGAAGCGAUAUAUUGCGGGAAGGAUGAGUUCUGUUUGCACUAUAAAGGAGCUUCUUCAGUGGAGUUUUCGGUGACAACAAGUCCAGUAAGCAGCCAUGACCUGAAGAUUACACUAGUGUUUAUUCUGUCAUCACCCUUAUAUCCCAGUGAGCCUCCAUCAGUGUCUGUACAGUGCUCAUCCUUGACACGUGCAGAAUGUGAUAGUGUGAAAAUUUUCUUGAUGGAAGUUGCCAAAUCUUGCUGUGGGUCAUCUAUGGUACUGGAUCUCCUCACUGCCUUGCAAGAGAAAGAAGACAUUGGAGGAAAACAUCAGGAUGCAGCUAUGAUGAAGAAUGACACAAGUAAUGAACCUGUGACCUGUAUCCUGCAGUUGGAUCACAUGCGGAGUAAAGCAAAGUACUUAAAGACAAUAAAAGCCUGGUGUGAAGAAUUGGACCUUGUUGGCCGGAUAGUGUUCUGUUUACGAUGGAUAUUUCUAUUUUUGCAGGGCAGUGCAGACGAUAUAAAGAUGUAUAUCCAGCGGAACAAGACUCAGUGUGUGGACGUCAACUCGUCAGGAAAACCAUGUAAAGAAAGGUUGUUAUCUGUACUCUAUCAAGGAGUUUGAAAGCAAUAUAAAUAUGAAAAAAAAUGAGUGGCAAUCCAGGAUUAUGAGUACAGUGGAGGAGGGAAUAUGCAGUCAACAUUGUCUCAGAUGUGGUGGGGAAGCAUGUCUUCUCAUGUGAAGCCAGGAAGCUCCAUUUGUAACUUGCAGUAGAACAGGUGACAAGGACUGCAUCAGCACACUUACAGGUUUGAUCCUAGGGUUCUUAGGAACUCAUAUUUUUGUAACUGUGCUGUACUUCAGAAUACUAGUAAACCUGGAGAACUAAAGAGAUGGAAUUGCUUCCAGUUAAGCUCCAGCUCCAAUAAAUAGGAUUUCGCAUUAAUUACCCAUUUUGUAAAGGACAUGAACUGUGAGACUACUGUCAUACUUUUGUGCAUAUGCUUCGACUCUUGCAGGCCAUAAAAUAGUGCAGCAAUUUCCCAUUUCGAGCUGCCCUGUUUUGCACUGCUUCGUUAUAACACUCUUGAUCCUAGAGAGAGAUUUUAUUUAUCUACAGUAUGUAAAAUAAAAACAGAGAAUGUU